UGUGGAGUGUUGCAUAUGCCACAAUCGGCACAACAUGCAUCCCUUACUGCAACAAAUAAUUUUAACAGCGCUUCUUGUCGGAUGCCUCGGGGACACGCUGGGUCGGAAUGAGUCUCCAGGGAACCCCGACAGAGCGAAGCGUCCCCGCCAGAGCUCGUGUCCUGACCCCGAGGACAUCCUCCCCUGCGAGUGCACCUUCGACGAGCAGUUCGGGGCCAUGGACAUGAACUGCUCCGGCGUCCUUGACGAGGAGCAGCUCCGCCACGUGUUCCUGGCGGACGUGCCCGACAAGCAGUUCCGAGCGCUCAUUAUUACCAACAACCCUUACAUCCGUGUCCUUGAGAAUGGCGUCUUCAGCGACUUCACUUUCCAGCGCAUUGACAUCAUGGACGGCGUUUUGGAGGUGGUUGAGGAGGCGGCUCUGACGGGCAGCGCCUCCACGGUCUUCGAGAUGAACUUCCACAGGAACAAUAUCACGGAUUUCCCCUUCCUGAGCCUCCGGGAGUUCUCAUCCCUCGAGAACCUCAACCUCCACUACAAUAAGAUCAAGGAGAUCCCUGUCUUCGAGUCAGGGUCCAUGAAGGAGUUCUACAUCUUCGGGAAUCCUUUGGCGCAUCUACCUAUGGAGAGCCUCACUGGCUUGCCGAACCUCAAGACGUUUGGUGCGUCGGAAUGUGAUAUACCAGAAAUAUAUCCAGGAGUCUUCGACCACCAGGUCUCCUUGAGGAACGUGUAUUUGCAGAAGAACCACUUGACCAAAAUCCCCAGCGGCGCCUUCCGUACCUCUGGAGAGACGAUCUUCCACAUCGUGCUGGAUGACAACCUUAUCGCAGAGGUUGCUGAGGGCGCCUUCCCAGACAUGAAGGAACACACGUCCAUUUACUUGUAUAACAAUCGGUUACGCCUUUUGGAAGAACCUGUGUGGCGCCCCCUGUUGGAGAAUGACGUCACAGUCUGGCUCUCUGGCAAUCCCCUGACCUGCGGAUGCGACGCAGCGUGGGCGGUGCUCAAUCCCGACCUCCUGCGGCAGUUGCCCAACGCCCACUGCGAGAGCGGGGUUGACCUGGCUGACCUUGACCCGGGAAUCUUUGAAUCCUGCUGACCUGUAGGACCCUCAGAUAAAUCAGUUCAACCUCGGGAAAUAUUUGGAGGGAAGGAAAAGAUAAGUCAUGUAGGAAGGUAUAAAUAAAACAUGUGGAACACCAAA